UCUGAUUCAAGUAGCGGGGCUAUAACAAGCCACGACUAAUUUGAUGUCAGCUGAUCUCACGGUAGCUCUCACAACAGCUUGUUCAUUUCAUCCUCAGACAGAGUCGAGACACCCGAGGCACAAUUGAAAACGCCCCGUAAAAUUGAAAACACCCGUUUUCGACAAGUGUACCGGAUAACAUGGACCUGAGCGAUCCCAGUCGCCACCACGGAACACUGAGUCCCGAUCUGUCCCCCCGCAUCUCUCCCCAGGGGUCCCCCGUGACGGUAUGCGCUACAAAAUCCCCCUCCCCCAUGCUCAGCCACUCUAUCGACAUUUCUGUGGCUUCCCCUGGGUCGGGCCGAAGCUGCUCUCCAAGUCCCGGGGGUGGCCCGGCCAAGAAGCCCUGCCCUGGGCUACUGUGUGUUGUGUGUGGGGACACCUCUAGCGGCAAACACUAUGGCAUUCUGGCAUGCAAUGGCUGCAGUGGAUUUUUCAAGAGAAGUGUUCGAAGAAAACUAAUAUACAGGUGCCAGGCAGGGACGGGUCUGUGUAACGUGGACAAGGCGCACCGGAACCAGUGCCAGGCGUGCCGCCUCAAGAAGUGUCUCACCAUGGGGAUGAACAAGGAUGCUGUACAGAAUGAACGGCAGCCCCGCAAUACAGCGCAGGUGCGCGAGGACCAGAUAGAUCGAGAACUGGAGCACCCCCUGGGGGCAAACAACGCCACGGUGUCCGCAACCCACCCCGCCUUUAGUCCCGGGGCGAACCACCGCUUUAUGGCCAGUCUCAUGACCGCGGAGACUUGCGCUAAACUCGAGCCAGAAGAUUCAGCCAUUCAAGAAGAAAAUAUCGAUGUCACUAGCGUAGAGCAGGAGCGAGCGCCCCCUCAACAACCCCACAUUUACCCAGAAAUCACCCUAUAUCCGGCGGGGCAGGAAACCAUCUACGAGUGCUCGGCACGACUUCUCUUUAUGGCAGUCAAGUGGUCCAAGAACCUGCCUUCCUUUGCCAACCUCCCUUUCAGAGACCAGGUCAUCCUUCUCGAAGAAGCCUGGAGUGAGUUGUUCCUUCUCUGUGCGAUCCAGUGGUCAAUGCCGAUGGAUGCGUGUCCACUCUUUGUGCUCCCUGACCACGCUCCCAACGCACAAAACGGAAAAAUCUCUCCUUUCUCUGAUAUGCGCGUGCUUCAAGAGGUCAUGGUCAGGUUCAAAGCCAUCCAAGUCGACCCUGCAGAAUUCGCCUGUCUCAAGGCCAUCGUGCUCUUCAAACCAGACACGCGCAGCUUGAAGGACCCGCCCCAGGUCGAGAACCUUCAGGACCAGGCUCAGGUCAUGCUUGGCCAGCACAUCCGGGCACAGCAUCCAACACAACCCUGCAGAUUUGGCCGUCUGCUGCUUCUCCUCCCAACGCUGAGAUACGUUCCGUCAGACCGGAUCGAGAGGCUGUUUUUUGGCAGAACUAUCGGCAACACACCAAUGGAGAAACUGCUUUGUGAUAUGUUUAAGAGUUGAAGUGUUCAUAAAAUUUUCAAAGACAUUCGCUGGCCCACGUGGUUAGUCAGUUAAAUCACGUGAUCUCGAUCAUUUUGAAGGAUAUGAAGUUCUUGCAGCAGUAGUUACUUCCCUUUGGUAACACAGUCACAGUCGGAUUUAUACAACAUUCUUCAGAAUACUUUGAAUUUUUGCACAGUAUUUUUGUAUGAAAGACGUCUUAUCGCUAUCCUCUUCGACUACACAUUUCCCACAUCUAUAAAUGCAAAACAAUGAACCCACCCAUCUCUUUAAGAAUGUACAUAACUUCACAUGGAACAUCCGAUUCUAUUCAUGAGUAUCAUUGUAUAUUAUAUUUAUAUUACGGGCACCUGUGCAAUAUCUCACAUUUUGUGACAAAUUACGUGCUUUAUGUAACUUAGAAUUUUCAUAUACAAAACAUUCUCUUGUACACAGAAAACCAAAAGAAGUCGAGUAGCUCACCACAGAGACCCUGUAAAUAGUUUAUUGUAUAUAGCUUGCAUAUAUAUCAUAUUGGUGUUAUUUACACAUUUAUCCCAUUAUCUAGUGCUCAGUAGUCUUCAACACGAAUCGUCUUCCUGCAAUGUACAUACGUCACUCUAUUUAUUAUCCAAUCAAUUUCAUGUGACUGUCUUGUGAUGCUUAAUCGUGUUUAUCGUGUACAUAUAAAUAUAGUCAUAUAUUGCAUUGAAAUAGAUAUGUGUAUAUAAGUCCCAUAACUGUUCAUUGUGUAUCUUGUGAGACACAAAUAAACCGUUCAU